AUGACGGAGAAGGAAGAGGAUGCUAACGCAGUUUAUCACACAAAUGACUAUUUCAGUCAUAUACGUGGGCCGAUCACUAAGCUCGCCAAGCUGACGUACCUCGGUGUGGUAAGCCGUCAUUCAAGCAUCCCGAAGCCCAUCGAGUUUUUCACGACGAUCGCUUGUGUUUCACAGUGGAUCGGUGAGAUCUUCGGCUAUCCGGAAUUCGGUUCUCGGUCCAACUGGAAGAAAUUCGUGUCGAAUUUAUUCUGCCAGAAUGCGGCACCCACGCAAUUCAUCUGUAGCAAUCUUCUGUUCUUGGUAGCGGGAUUUAGCCGCGCGGAGUUAAAUACGGAGAACUUGACGGUAAUUAUAGGCCACGUGCCCGCUGGUGCCUUCUGGAAACAGCUCGUUCAUUAUGGGCAAGGAUAUAUUAACGCAGGACACUUUAGACAAUACGAUUACGCCGAUAACGAGAAAAAUUUGCGCAAAUAUAAUUCAAGGAUACCUCCAGAUUAUCAAUUGGGAAACAUUACAACACCGAUCGCUCUCUUCAGCAGCAACAACGAUUGGCUGGCAACUACGAAAGAUGUGGAACUUCUGGUCGCAAGGCUAAACAGUGUCGUGCUUCAUCACAAAAUUCCCAUGUACACCUUUAAUCACUACGACUUCAUAUGGGGUAAGUCUUCCUUACAGACGGUGUCCCGACCUAUCUUGCUGUUGUCCCAAUAUCAAUAGCGGACUCGUUCCUUUGUCUCCGGAGCGCUAACGACAGAGUUACAAAGAGACACAAUAAAAACGUAUAACGAAUCGGUCUAAUUUAUUGUUAUUAUUAAUGUCAUUAAUACGUUGCGUUUACAUAUGUAUAUAUGUAUAGUCUGUACUUGUCUAAUCCACUUGCCGCGUCCGACGUAGCACUGUCGAAGAAAUCCGCAUCUAACGCAAAGUAUAACUUCGAUUAGUGUGUUCCAACAUGAAAACCGCUCCCCCUUCCCUCUCUCAUUCUCUCUUUCUUUCUCCUUCUCUCACUCUCUCUCUUUCUUUCUCUAUAUAUACAUUUAUACAAACUCCGUCUUAUCGAUCACUUCGCGAUUGCAAUUUCUCGCGCGAUGGGCCAGCUUAUAAUUAUAAACUUAUACCUCUCCUCUUUCUCCCUAAUCGCACUUGAGCAGCGCCCGUAAAAGAUCGUCCGUUUGCGAAAACGUCCUGCCGAUGAGCCGCGGCACGCUCAUCCUGGAAGAAACGGACAUUUCACCCCAAAAUUGCGGCUGAUGCUUGAAGCGAUUAAUCCCGAUUUCUCUCGUGUGCUCCGAAUCUUUCACGCGAUCCGAGUUAUGUGUAUAAUGUGGUAAUCUAAGUUAACUUACACCUUAAUCGUUUAUGUCUCGUUAAAGUUACCCAUGCGGAAGUAUGAAUGAGCUAGAGCUUUUACGAACAGUUCUACCAUCAUGUGCGACUUGUGGCUGAUUAUCGUACGUUGCGUGAAAAGACGUGUGAAAAGACUUCAGAUUUUCUUGUGACGCUACGUUUUUUCCAGAUGAUGUCAACGUGUUAUAAAGAUAGUGAUAUAAAUAUCAAAUACAAUUUUCUUUCUUAACUUAAUCACACUUUGACGCGACUUUUUUUUGUUUUAAAGUUACGCCAUUUUUUUUCAGACCGGAGAAAACUGAAAGUGACUCAAUCGCACCACAGGACGUCGCACAGAUACUCGAAAUUGCUCGCCGAGCUGAGACCGCAUAUAAUGUAUAAUAAUGUACAUAGUUUUAUAUCGCAUGAUAUGUAUUAGUUUAUGUUAGAAUAGGUCGGAUGGAAAUUGCCGGGGAACUUCCCGCGCGAUUGAUGCAAAAAAUUUAUGAAUCGUCUUCGAUCACAGUGAAACUUCAUUUGCCGAAACUGAAAAUAAAUGGAAUUUCACCGUGUCCAUGCAUCGUCUACGCGUUGUGCACCGGUGAAAAAUUGCGCACAAACUAUAUAAUCAAUAUUAUUUGAGCUCACGCGUUGGCCACUCGAGGUCACCCGAAAUGAUCUAUCCUCACAGUAAAAACAUCUCGAUCUUCUCUAAUUAGUUUCCAUAAAAUUCUCGACGAUACAUAAAUCUCUUCGAACAACGAAUCUCCAUAAUAUUAGCGUAAUUAUAAAAUAUGUGUGUGUGUGUAGAUAAUAUAAUCACACUACGUGUCAUCUCAAUGUUACAACAAUCAUAAUUUCAUAUUUUUAUAUUUUAACGAGAUAAUAUAUCGCGAUAGGAGAUCCUGCGAGACUAUGUAGCAGCGGAUACGAUAGAAUUAAAGCUAAAGUGUAGUACCUCUUCCACCACCACGCGAUCAGGCGCAACUGUCGUAUCCCCGAAUGAAAAUCGUCAGAUGUAAAUUGUGACAGCAAUAAAGCAAAGGAAAAAAGCUUUAAUUAAAUCUGCGAAUGCUUCCUUUUACAUUGAUUAUAUAUCCCAUUUUCCAGAUUUUUUUUAAACAGACGUUGGUCUUAAAGCGAAAAUUUUUUAAGAAAUUCGAAGUGUCAAUUCUCAAACGUAAAUUCUUGAAGGAAAAUGAAAAGCAAAACGUACAACGUUUGGCAAUUUUAUUUUUAAAAAUACGGGAAAUACGACUUUGUUCAAUAAGGAUGCGUUGACUUGAAAAAAAAGUUGCGUGGUCACUUUGAAUAACUUUAAGAAAACGUACGAGCUUUAAACAGAACGAAGUCACGUUUGUGGUGGAGCGCGAGGUAACUGACGAAUUCCUUUGCACGUAGGGAUUACUUUUAUUUGUAACACUUCAAGGAACAGAAUCACAUCUCUUCGUGUCACUGAGAUUAUCGUUGGCUACUGGUCGUAACCGUUCGCACGAUGCAGGAUGUAUUCGAGAAGCAAUAAUUCCUGUCGAGAACGCAAGUUAAGUCUUAUAAAAAUACUAUCAACGGCAAUAUAUAUAUAUAAUAUAACGUAUCGAUACAAUUUUCCAAUAUGCAAUCAUUCAGUAAUAAUAUUACGAGGCCAUCAUUAAUAAGUCGGCAACAUACGCGUAACAUUUUGUCGUCACGGACGAAGAAAGGAGUCCGUACUCGUUAACACUCGCGAAACAAGAGAUAUUCCAUUAAUUCCAUUAAUUCUAUCAGACUUUUCUCCUUGAGUUCCUCAGUGAAGACAAAUUGUGUGCAUCUCAUCAAUUUAUAUCUCAUUUAGAUCAUAUAACAAAUCCUAAAGUAUAAGCGUCCCUUUUGCUUUUUUGAUAUCUUGUACUCUAUAACAAUUAAAAAUGCAACCACUCGUCUCAAUUAUCUAUAAAUAUUAUAUAUAUAUAUAUUUUUAGUCAAUAAUUGUCUUACUGUAGCGCAUGUGUGCAUAUGCAUGCAUAUGUGUGUGUGUGUGUGUGUAUAUAUCCUUGUCAACGUUGAAAUAAAAACAGUCUCUUGCCAAUUUACAGACAGAAAUAAUAUGUUAGAAACACAACAUUUUCUUCAAUGUGAAACUAAGCGCGUUGAAAACGCUGAAGCUGUAUUACAAUUGCUAUUGCAAUAUAUGUGUGUAUUGCAGUUAGUGUGAAAUACGAAACUCAUUAGCAUUGUGAAGAAGAAGAAGAAUGUGAGCGUGGAAAAUUUGUUACAUAUAAAGAAGACGGAUUUAUAGGGUCAAUUUAAGUUUACAUAAUCAUAUGAUAGGCUAACCGAGGGAAUGAUGUAUGUGUGUGUGUGUGUUGAAAUUAUAUUGUACUAUAAAUGUCACUUCUCUAUCGGCUUUUACAGUAAUUAAUAUAUUACAGAUACCUACAAUUCCGAUAUUUCUUUUUAUUCUCUUAAACUCUCGUUAUACGCCAGGGCUACGCGCGUCAUCCGUACUGUGGAAUAUUUUUUGACACUAUAUAUAUAUAUAUAUAUAUAUAUAUAUAUAUGUAUGUAUGUAUAUAUGUAUGUACAUGCAUAAAUAUAUAAUAUAUACACACAUUAUGUACACACUCAGAGGGACGUUCCAAAAAAAUAACCGGUUGUCGCAUUUCGCAUGUUUCGUCGAAUAUGAAUGGGUGAGGAGAAAAUUAUUAUAUAUCAACUCAGAUCUCGGACGAUAAAUUGAGAUAAACGAAUUUAUAAAUCGUGCCCUUCUACGAGCACAUGAGGAGAUUUCACAUUUCUUCGAUCAUUAUCUCGGACACGCCCAUGGUGUGUACAUUCAAAUCCGGCAAUCGACCCGAUAAACGUCAGACGAGAACGAAACGAAGAGCAAGCUUGCGAUUCCCGUUGAAAAAUGUCCGUGAGAAAAUUAAAUUAUUACAUGAAAAAGUACACCUGUGUGUGUGGUGUUCAAAGGCGACGAAAAUCUCUGACGUUAAUCGGUAACACACUCUUAAUGUUCAUUUUUAGUCGUGUGACGCGCACGUGUUCGGUCUCUCUCUCUCUCUCUCUCUCUCUCUCUCUUUCUCUCUUAUCUACGCGUGUGAUCUAUAAAAAGAUCCCACAUAUCGGAAAGUAUGUAGAUGAUUGACUCUUAUGCUACUUUCCUAUGUUUAUAUUUCAUACAUUACUCGCUCGCGCGGAGCUCUAAUAAUUUAUAUAAUUCCCUUACUUUCGGAACAUAUCUCCAGGAUAUCCGAAUCUCCGAGGAUGCAAAAUGCAGGCAACGGAAAGUCACGUAAUCUUAACGACGUAGAAAAUACGAAGUAUGCGUUUAAAUUAAAAGAACAACUAUGAUACACGCUCGAUCUUUCUUUUUUUUUUUCUUCACGCGCGUCCUCGGUUUUGCUUGCAAAUUAUCGCAGGGGAGAAACAGAUUGUUCGCUCAGAUAUCCGAGAUCGUCGAGAAAUCCGCGAGUAUAAAUCUAACUGUAUUUAUAUUUUUACUGUUGUUAUUGUUGUUGUAAAUGCAUGUGUAACAAAAGCAUACGAAUACAUGGAAAGUUCACGAUUGAAAAAACAGGAUCUCCGGGCGACGUAACUCUCUCUCUCUCUCUCUCUCUCUCUCUCUCUCUCUUUCUCUCUCUCUCACCUAAUAAAAAGAGACUCAUUCUAAUCCUUGGAAAAAGUACAAAAUACAAAGUAUGGAAUUCCUCCAGCGACUUUGCGUCGCUGUGCAUACUGUGUCCGGUCGAUCUAGCAGUCUUUGUCGUCACGCGAAAUGCCGCGCUCCACUAAUUCAAUGGAAAGACACAAUUCUCGUCCGAAGAUACGCAGUGAGCUUAACGCUUCACUCGAGUGUCUGUCCUAAAGUAAGUUCAACCGCGGUAUAUAGUGCCGAAAAUCAACAAUACAAAGGGGGGUAUGUAUAUCACUCUCUCCCUUUCUCUCUCUUUCUCUCGAUAUCGUAUCUAUAAAAUCGUCAGCGCUAAGGAUCCCUUUUACUUAGAAACACCUUUUUAUUUAGUUACUCGCUCUCUCACAUCACUCACAUUCUCCUCGUCCUUAUAUAUAAAAAAAUAGCGGAUCGACAAUAGUUGCCGUAGUUCGUAUAAAAUAACAGCAGCCUUUGCAACAAUUAACUUUACGGUGGAUAACACGGUAGAGCUCUCAAUUGAUUCGCUAUAUUACGAUUAGGAAUUCGCGCACCGCGCGUUCUCUCGAUAGAAGAGAAAAGAGAAACGGAAGAAAGGGGACUCAAUUGUUGAAUCGUGAAACGACUUCUGUGUGUGUGCGUGUGUGUAUGUGUGUGCUCACUCGCGCACCAAGUAAAGACGAGAGGUAAACGAGAAGAAAUAGAAAUUUUAAUGAACGCGGAGUAGAAAAAAUUACGUAACGUUCCGCAACGUAAUACUCGUAUCGUACAAUGUGUGUGUGUGUGUGUGUGUGUGUGUGUGUACGACAUUAGACACAUUAAAACAUUGAAUGUUGGCACCAUAUUCUCUAACGUAUGAUAUCUCUUUAUUAUAACGCAAAUCGCGCACGCGUGCAACGCUUUUAUAGAGAAACUCUCCUAACGAGACUCGCCAUCUGGGCAAAAUAUCGCGGUGUCGAUUGUUGCUUUAAGAUAGUGCGAGUAUAUACUGGAACCAAGUUACCUCUCUUCGUGUAUGUGUGUGUGUGUGUGUGUAUUCCCAGCAUUGAGAGAAUGUGAAAAGAACUACAAGAUUCGUUACACAUAUAUUUAUUCUUCUCUCUUUUUUUCUUUUUUUUCAUGCGUGUGAUGUAAUUUGGUAAUCUUUGCCUUCGUCUCGUUAAUACUUUUUAAUCGUAUGUGUAUUCCUAUACGCUCUAAUAAAGCGUUUCCCUCCAUUUACGAUGGCUCGCCGCGAAUCUCGAACUUGGCGGCUUGGAUCGAUCGGCGACCCCCUCUCGUGAAAUCUCACCGAUGCGUUAUCAGAAAACAGAAGAGACACCGUCCCCGUCGCAUUAGUCACCGGAAUCGAAAGUUCCGCGUGAUAUCUCUAAAUACGUAGGUACUACGAGAGCGUGUAUACUCUCUCGGUCUAUUCGUAUAAUUUCGCCUCUCUGUCAUAUCUCUGAAUCUGAAUCUCGAAUCGUUCGCUCCAUUGUUUGUAAAGACGCUAAAAACGCUUUUAUCACCCAGGUAUCGGUCUUGUUUACUCUCGUUAAUUUUCCAUCGCAGGUCAGGUAUUAUUAAUCUAGCUAGAAACACGUCCACGCGGCGCUUAGCUAUACACAGCUCUACACAGUUUAACACCUGCGCAUCUGUCAACAUGUAUCGAGAUUUGUUGCGAUUAUAUUUUAGAAUAAGGUUAGAGCUGAUGCUUUACACAUUGCACGUCUUAUUUAUUAGAAUUUAUAUAAAUAGUCAAGGAAUACUGUGCACAAUGAUCUAUGUAACUUUAACGAUAAGAAGAUAAACUAGUCUUAGUACUCCAACUGCCAGUUGUUCGUUUGCUCGAUAUAUACUUUGAAAAACUAUAAAAAUUGUACUAAUCGCUAGGAAUAUCGGUAUAUCCCCCCCUCUCUCUCUUUCCCUCCCUCCGUCUCGCACAUGGACGAGGAAUAUACACUUUCGAUGUAGCUAAAUGUGUAAAUACGAUUCUAAAGCUGCGUUGUGGAGUAAGAAAUAUUUCAAAAUACGUUCUCUACAAGUGAAAAACCACGUUUCCGUAGAAAAUUGUUUUUUCUGCACAUCUUUGUUGUCCUAAGUGAGUGACAAUUUGUCGAUAACAAAAGGAAACUUGUAGUUUACUCGCUUGUUACAUGUGCUGGUCCUGCGAUCUAGAAAAUAAUUACGAUAAUAACGGUUAGUCGAUUUAAUUCGUGAUUAGGGAUGUUUGUAUGAAAGCGACGACUCGUUUACAGUCACUACUCACUAAUCAUUUGCGCGAGAUUCAGCGAAAAAGUUCACGCGUAAAAGCUAUCCUUCGUCCCCACAAUCUUGCUUUUAAGACAUAAGUCAAAUUAACCAACCGCAAUCGUUUAUUAGAAUAAUUGAUCGUAGUUGGCCAAUUUGCUUACUGCUCACGUCUUAAAGCAAGAUUGUGGAGCAAAGGGCUACUCAACGAAAAGAGGAGAGGAUAUUAUGUCUAUGUUUGUGAUAUCAAUUCUUCCGCAAUGUACCUAAAUCUACAACUCGCAAUAUUGUGUUUUUAAAAUAGCGGUUAUAAUAGUUAGAACAUUUCCGGCUCUUUUAUCGAACGUAAUCAUAUAGGAAGAAAUAAUCAGUCGCAUUAAUACUUGGAAAUGUCGAUUCGCUGCGCAAAAAUGAGACGAAAUUGUACGAAAGUGAAAGGAUUGACAGUUGAAAAAGGAAAAAAAAAA